AUGAGAAAAAUUGUAAUACAGUUUUUCGACUUUUUAAAAAGAAAACUUUUUUUUGGAGACGAAGAUGUAGGGGAUGUUGAAAUUAGAAAGCAAAAAACUUUUGAUAAAUUAAUUGAAUUAGAAUUUGGUAAUUUAGUAUAAUUAAGUGGUUUUAAACCAUACGAAGAUCGUAUUUCAAAUAAAAUAGGUAUUUCAGAACUUGAGAUUUGUGACCAAAUUAGAUGGGAAUAACUUGAAGUUGGAGAUAUUGUUUGGCUGAAAAAUGGUGAAAAAGCACCUGCAGAUUUACUAAUUCUAGACGCUAGAUAGUAAUUUUGCUAUGUAGAUGAAGAUAUUAUUGAUGGAACAACUAGGUAAAUUAAAAAGGUUCCUCCAGAAUUAACUUCAGUUGCUGUUACUUCAAAAUUAAAAAUGAAUUAAUUUGAAUAUAGAAAGAUUUUAUCAGGAAAAAUCGAAUAUACACGAUAAUCUAAAAAUAAAAGUUUUGAAGGAUUUAUUAAAAUGAGCAAAGAUCCUAAAGGAGAAAAUUUAGAUUCUAAAAAUAUUAUAUUUAGAGGAAGUAAACUUUAUUAUAGUGAUUGGAUUUAUGGACUAGUAAUUUAUGCAGGAAGAGAUUGCAAAAUAUAUAAAUAAUAUGGAAAUUAUUCCUAGAGUAAACAAAAAAAUUCAUUUUUUGGAAAAAAAGCAAAACUAUUUUAUUUAGUUGCUUAUGUUCAUGUUUUAAUAAAUUGCAUUAUUUCUUGUUUUUUUGUCCUUUUAUAACCUUGUUUUAUUAGUUCUUAAUAUAUGAAUAUAGUUUAAGAUCCACUUGCAUUAUUUUUAUCUUUUAUAAUUGAAUAUUUACAUUUACUACCUUCAUUUUUUUAUGUUGUAAUUGAUCUUUUAUUAAUGAUCAAUGAUUAUUAUCAUAAUAAAUAAUUUUAAUAUAUCUAAGAAUAAUUAUAAGAUAAUUAAAGAAGUAAUAUUAAUGGAUAUCAGAUGCUACGCUCUAUGACCUUAAGUGAUAUUUCAUUAAGCAAUUAUGUAUUUUUUGACAAAACAGGCACUAUUACAGAUGGAUAAAAUAUGGAUAUUAAAAUGAUAAUUUUAGAUGGGAAAAUCUUUUCUAUUGAUACAAAUUAAGCCUUACAAAUAGUUAAAAAUAAGAAUUUUACAGUAUUUAAUUUUAAUAAAAGUGUGAAAGAACUAAUUGAAAACGAAGAUGUUAUAGUUGCUGAAGAAAAUUCUUUACAAAAUACAAAUUAAAUUCCUUAAGCAUAAUUUAAUUUUACGCGAAAUAGUAGUUAAAUAGGUAUACAAGUAUUAAAUCAUAGAUUAUUAGACGAAUCAUAAUGCGACGAAGAAGAAGAAAGAGACGAAGUAAAACAUUAAAUAAAUAUAAAAUAAAACAGAUAUAUAUAAUAAGCUAAUAUAAAUAAUAAUUAUAAUGUUAAUAACAAUAAUAAUAAUAUUUAUAAUUAUAAUAAUGAUCUUUAACCAAAUAAUAUUAUUUUAUAAUAAGGAGGAGUUGUAAUUUCAAACGAAUAAAAUGAAGAAAAAACAAGAUAAACACGAGGAUUAUCAGAAAUGAAACAUACUCAAUAUUCUAAUAAAAAUAAUAAUAAUAGCCAUUUUUAAAAUAACGGACAUUAGUCUAAAAUUGAAGAAAAUAAUGAAAUAGAUUUUAUAAAUACACUUUUUAAUGAAUAUAAUAAAUCAUUUCAUGAAUGUCUUCUUGCUAUCAUUAUUUGCAAUUAAAUUACAAGUUAAUAUGAUUAAAAAAAUGACAAAAUCUUAAACUCUCAUACUUCCAGUAUUGAGUAAUAUACUUUAUAAUUUGCCUCUAUUUUUACAUAUGAUCUAAAAUGUGCUUCGGUUUAUAAAUCUUAAACUUAUUCACCUAAUUAUAUAAUUUCAAUAUAAAAUAAAUACGUUUCUUAUAAAAUAUUAGCCAUAAAUGAGCAAACAGAUAACAGGAAUUUUUACUCUAUAAUAUUUAGAGAUCCCAACAGCCUAUAUCCUAAUAACGGAUCAAUUCUUUAUUCAAAAAUACUUCUUAAUAAUGCCGAAAUCCCCGAAUAAAUUAUAUUCAAAGAUAAAGAACAGAGAGUAAAACUAGAAAAAUAGAUCUAAAGUAUGAUUUUUUAAGGCAUGAGACCCCUUAUAUAUUGCAAAAAAGAACUCAACGAUGAAUAAACAGACGACUAUUUAAGACAAUAUGAAAAUUUGAAAAAAAACUUAGUCCAAGAUGAUAUAAAAUUGCAAAAAUUAUACGAAGAAAUAGAACGAGAUGUUCAAAUAAUAGCUGUAUUCGGCAUAUAAGAAUAAAUGAGGGAAAACGUAGACACUGCAAUUAAAUAGAUGAGACUUUCAGGACUUUAUACAUGGAUGCUGACUGGAGAUGAGUACUUAAAUGCACUAACAGUAGGUUAUUGUUCAAGAAUUUUAGAUUAAGAAUCAUCUAUUUUGCAUUUAGAAGGUAAAAAUUAUGAGACAAUAAAAGUUCUUAUUAGAGAGUAAUUAAAUGCAAUAUAAAAUGAGAGUAAACUAGGAAAACUUAUAUGCUAAAAUUAAAAGGCUUAUAAUAAAUAUUUAUAAUAUUAUUUUAAUUAAGAUUAAGAAGGAAUAGAUUUAAAAGCAAUAUAAUAAUUUAAACCUUAUCUUUUCUCAAUUGUUGUUUCUUCAGAGGCUUUAUCGAUAAUUUUCUCAGAUAAUUAUUUAAGAAAUCAUUUCUAUUUUAUUUGCUUUUUGUCUUGCUCGGUUAUUGGAUAUGGACUUACUACAAGUUAAAAAGGAUGGUUUGUUAGAAUGGUUUAAUAAAAAUUUCCUUAAAAUCCGAAAUCACUUGCUAUAGGAGACUCUUAUAAUGAUAUAGAUGUGGAAUUUUUUAUUUAUAACUUUUUUUUAUAUAUAAUUUUUGUAUAAUUUUUUUUUAUAAUUUUUUAGAUGUUUAAAGUUGCUGACGUUUCUAUAUAAAUGAGAAAUACAAAAUAUAAUAUGGAUUAUUUAGGUGAUAUUUUUGUUAAUGAUUAUAAUAGUAUACUUAAUUUAAUUUUUUCUUAAUCAAGGUUUAUGGCAGAAGUAUAUGAAGAUUUACUUUUAUAUUCUUUUUAUAGAUCUUUUGUUAUUGGUUAUGUUAUUUUACUUUUAAAUAUAUAAGAUUGCACUUUUGGUAGUUCUAUUUUAGAUGGAUUAUAAUUAUUUUUUUAUCAUUCUUCAUUUUAUAUUGUUAGUUUGACUAGUUAUUUGAUAAAAAAAUACACUAAAUUACAUAAAUAUUCAAUCAAUAUAAAUAUUUUAGUAAACCAAUAUAAAAAUAAUAUAACAACUUUCAAAAAAUAAAAAAUGAUAAUUUUCUUUUAUAAAAUCAUAUUCCAUAGUUUUUCUGAAUCAAUUGUUAUUUACAUGAUUCUUUAUUGGAUUAUAAAUUUCUAUUCUAAACAAAAUGGUAAAACAUACACAACAAGAACAAUGUAAGUUUUUAGUUUUUUCGCAAUAGGAUUUACAUGCACAAUAAAAAUUCUUAUUACUGCAAAAUAAAAUUAUAAAGAAGCAAUAGCAACUUUUAUUUUUUAUAUUGUAUCUUGUGCUAUUUAUUUACCUUUAGAAGAUAUUUACAAAGAUAAUCCUUUUGCUUUUAAAGAGUUAAGCGAAUAUAUAGAUUCUGUAACUGUAAUAAUAUUAAUAUUUAUAUUGCCCAAUUAUUCCUUCUUUUUUACCAAUAAAUGUUAUAAGAUAAGAAUAAAAAUUCAUUAAAUAUAAAAAAGAAAUAAUAUAUUAAAAAUGUAAAUUAUGUAUAUAUAAUAUAUAUUAAUAAAAAUUUAAAAAGAUAAUGAAAAAAAUUCGAUAUAAAAAAAAAAUAUAAAAAGCAAAAAUUUAAUAAGUAGAUUAAUAGAGAAAAUAUUUAAAUAAGAAGAUUAAGAAUAAAUGGAUAUUAUAUUAAAAAACAUGAUAUCUAAUACUGAAUGUAAUGAACAAAAUUCAGAAAUGAAUAAAUUUUCUCUACAAUUUAAAAAUAAUGAUCUUGAGAAUUAAUUUCGUUAAAAUCUUAUUAAAAAUUGGUUUUAUUUUAACCGUAUGAGUUAAUUGGCUAGUGUAAUUUUAUUAGAAGGUCUUAUUAUGCUUUAAGUAACAAUUAAUAAAAUAGAUAACUAAUAUUUUGUUAUAAUAAUUGGUUACGCUGUAUCUGUUAUAUUUUUGGGUAUUUUUCUAAUUCUUCUUUUUUCUUCUAAAGGCGAAAAACAGUUUUUUAAAAUAAAUUUCUGCCUUUUUUUUAUAAGAAUUUUUUGCAAAAUUGCAGUAGAUUUAUAUAUAGAUAUAGAUAAUUCCCUUUUUACUAUUUUAUAUGGAUUUUUCUUUAAUUUUAUAGUAUUAGGAAGGCCAGAUUUUAUUCUUUAUGCCAAUUUUUUAUAGACAUUUAUUUUUUUUAUUAGAUAUGCUAUUAAAUCUCUCGAUAAUAAAACAAAUAUAUAAAUUUAUAUUACAUUAUCAAUUAUAUUGUAUACUUUAGUUAUUGCCAUACAACUUAUUUAUGUUAAAUAUAAUGUAAAAAAAAUAUAUAUAUUAUUAAUCAAAAUAGAAAGACAUGAUUAUCUUUCCCAAAAUAAACUAAGAAUAGAGAGUGCUAAAAUAAAUAAUAUACUAAGUAUUUUAUUACCAAAAUUUGUACGUGAUCGCAUAUCAAAUACUGGAGAAGUAUAACUAGCUGAAAACUAAGGGGAAGUAGGAGUUUUAUUCUGUGAUAUAUGUGACUUUGACUAAAUUCUGCAAUCAGAAAACGAAAAAAUAAUAGCUUUAUUAGACAAUUUAUUCAGAAACUUUGAUGUUUUAUGUUCCCAAAACGAAUGUACGAAAAUUGAAACCGUCGGAAAAUCUUACGUCGCAUCAUCCGGUUUGAGUGUAGAAGCAACAGCAAAAAAAACACAUAACUAAUUAAACGCUGUCGAAAGGUUAAUUAAUUUAGGAUUCGAUAUGAUGAAUUACGUAAAAAAUAUUUCUUGGGGUUCCACUGGUGAAAAAAUGAAGGUCAAAAUAGGAAUUCACUACGGAAGAGUUAUAGCAGGUGUACUUGGUUACCAUAAACCCCAAUUUUCUCUUAUUGGAGAUACUAUAAAUACCACAUCAAGAGUAAUGUCUACUGGAGAAGAUAAUAAAAUGACAAUUUCAGAAGCUGCACAUAAUAAAAUAUAAUCUCAAAAUUAAUAAAACUAUAGAGUUAUCCUUCGAGAAGUGGAAGCUAAGGGAAAAGGCGUAAUGAUUACUUAUUAAAUUUUCAAAUCUAAUACAAAAGGGAUGGGGAAAGGAACUUAAAAAAUCACAGAAGUUAUUAGACCAGGAAGUAAAAUAAAUUCAAAAAGUGGAAUUUAUAAUAAAAACUAAAAACCUAUAAAAAAAUCUUAUAUUGAUAAAAAUAAAGAAAUUAUUACAUAAAAUAAUUACUAAAAUUCAAAUAAUAUAAAAAGUUAAAUUCAAUAAAAGUCUCCUGUUUAAAUUGUUUAACCUCCUCAAUAAUUAAAGUUGGCAAUUACUGGUAUUAAAAAUGUUAAUUAUCCAAGAAAAGUAACAAAAAAGUCCACUGUUAAAUUAAAUGCUAUGUCAAAUAAUUUAAUGGAAAAAAAGGAAAAUGGUUAAACUGAUAAUCUCCUUAAUAAAAUUAGUUCUGAAAAAUCUACUAAUUAAUUGCCUGCUCCUAUUAUUAACAAGUAAAAAAUUAACAGCAAGAAUGCUAUUUAAUAAGCUUCAGGAGCUAUAAUGCAUACUGGGUCAAAAGACACUUUCUAAGCGGGUGAUUAUAGAAGGGAUUCUUAAUUAAAUACUAUUUGCAGAAUUGAAAACGCACUAAAAGAAGAACUUAAUUUAGAAUAAUUAAAUGCUUUCGAAGGAUAAGAUGUUGAUGUGGAAAUUAUAAACGAACUUUUUGAAAGCAAAGAAGAAGAACCACUGACAAAGAAAUCAUUUUAUUUAGAACUAGAUUUCGAGUAAUAAGAAACUUAAUAAUUUUAUGAAUAGAUAUUUUCCCAAUCAAAGAAAUAAAUAAAAAUAAAAAUGUUAAUUUUCGCUAACGCCUUUAUGUUAAAAACAAUACUAAUUUUCUUAGCAAAAGAUUAUUUCAAUACUAUGUUUGUAGUAAACGUAAUAAACAGAAGCUUAGUUUAUGCAUUAAUAAUAAUAAUAAAUUGCUUCAUAACAAAAUAUCUUAAUACUUAUACCCGAUAUUAAUCCUAUAUAAUAAUAAUAAUGAUAGUUUCAAUUGCUAUUGUGACUUUAGAAACAUAUACAAUCGAUACUUCUUAGCUAACUGAUGAUUUAAUUAAAUCUAUGUACGGAAUUUAAACUAUUGAGGUAUAUUUUAUUUUUGCUAUUUUAGGUUCUUUUAAUUUUAUUAGAUUUAAAAUUUGUUUAAUUUGCUUUUUCUUCGUUUUUAUUAAUUAAAUGAUCAUGACUGUAAUAAAAAAUUAAUAAGCAAAUCUUAGUUAUUUUAAUAUCGUAAGUGGAUUAGCCCAUUUAGUUUAUUAGUAUUUACUUUUCUAAUUAAAUAUAAAGUCUUUUAACAAUCUCAAAAGUCUAACAAAGAAAACAAAUGAAUAAAAUAAAAUACUAAGCAACCUCCUACCUAAACAUGUUUUAGAGAAAUUUCUUAAUAACCCUGAUUCAACAAAGCUAGAAUUAGUUGAUAAUUUCGAAGAUGUGACUAUUUUAUUUGCCGAUAUUGCUGGUUUUACAAAAUAUUCAUCUUCUGUUGAACCUGAGUAAGUAGUAAAUAUGUUAAAAAAACUUUUUACUGAAUUUGAUAAAUCUUGUUUAGAUAAUGAAGUAUUUAAACUUUAUACUAUCGGAGAUUGCUAUGUAGUUAUAGGAUUCACAGACAGUAGGAAACGUAAUCCAGUAAUAGAAGCACGAAAUGUGGCAAAUAUGGGGUUUAGUAUGAUUGAGAAGAUAAAAGAAACGCGUGCCUAAAUAAAGUUCGAUGCUUUAGAUAUGAGAAUAGGUAUUCAUACAGGUAAAAUUAUCGGUGGUGUAAUAGGAACAGAUAUUGUAAGAUAUGAUAUUUAUGGAAGAGAUGUUGUUAUUGCAAAUAAACUUGAGAGUAAUGGAGAAUAGGGAAGAAUUCUAGUUUCUGACGUAACAAGAAAGUUACUUGAUUAAUCUGGAAUUUUCGAGUUUUUUGAUGAAAAAGAGGUAUUAUGUAAAUCUAUUGAUGUUAAGAUUAAAGCAGCAUUUGUUUAAUAUAAAUAAUUUGAAGAUAGUCAUAUUAAAAAUACAAUAUCUAAUCUUAAUUAAAGUAAUGAAGAUAAUUAGGAAGAAGAAAAAUAAAAUAUUGAAGAAGAUGGUAUUGAAAAAUAGUAUGAAUAUUAUGAUAAAGUUUAAACAAUUAAUAAUAAUAAAAAUAAUAUCUUAAAUUUUAAUUAUAAUAAUGAGAUUAAUAAUAAUAAUGAAAACAUUAAUUUAAAUAACAAUCAUGAGGUUAAUGCUCUAAUACAUUCUGCUAGAAAUAUAGAAGAUGGGGAAGAGGAAGAACAUAAAUAAGUUGUUGAUUUAUGAUACUUUAUAUCUCUAUAUAUAAUAUAUUAUUAUAAAUUAAUAUAUUUUUAUGUUUAAUCAAAAUUAUAUAUUUUUUUCAGGAAAAUAUUAUACGUAUUUUCUUAU